CACUGUUGCGGGGGUAGUGAGAACAGAACAUUAAUUUUGGCGCUCUCUCAAUAUCGCCUGAAAACAUUGCACUUUGGUUUUGCUCUUAAAUCCGACCAAUUAUUUUUGAUUCUAUAUUCUAAAAAAUUAAAAGUCGUUUCUAAGCCACACAUUAGCAUUCGAUAAUGAAUAAUCAGUAAGAGGGAAUAUGAAUGAUUCUUCGGACUCGGAGUACGAGGACACAGAGUACUUGGUAUUUGCUGAUUUCAAGAACCAUAUCCAUCCACACCAGCUGAAGCACGAGGACGCGGCCAUUAAGGUAAUUGGGAUCGAAAGUGACACGCCUAUGGCGGAGGUAAAUGGAAGCAUCUACCGGGGACACUACGAACAUUCCGUGGGGACAAACGUGUUCUUCGAGAAGGAUAAGGACAAUCUAGCCAGCGAUCCGCUCUUCGAGUCCGUGUGCCGCCAACGUUACCAGUACGUAGAUAAGUCCUCCAAGGUAAUAUCAUUCGAGAGAGUCUACGUCGACAAUUUGCACCAGGAGGCCGAGAAAUCAGUUAAAGACGAAGAGAACGAGCGAGGCGAGGCCAAGCCGGAGUCUUUAAAGUUGAAUAUUACUUAUAAGGAAGCGAUUAACAAGUUUGGAGAGGACAAUUAA